AUAGGACUGGAUCCCUCCCAAUUCAGAAUCCAUCGCCAUUACCAUAAAGAUGAGGAGAAUGAUGCCUUGGUUGGUGGCCCAGCUCAGCUCACUGAUGAGGAGAAAUAUAAGGAUUGUGAAAGAUUCAAGUUUUGCUGCCUCAAAUGCGGAACAGAAAAUAUUUAUGACAAUGUCUUUGAUGGUUCGGGGCGGUUUAUUGAACCCAGCUUGCAAAGGUGCAGUAAGACUGAAUGUGAUGAGUCUCCUUUCAACUAUGUGGUUCAAAUGAACAACAAAUUACUGUUGGAUAUUAGACGCUACCUCAGAAAAUACUAUAAUGGUUGGUUAAUAUGUGAGGAGCCAACUUGCCAGAAUCGAACCCGUCGACUUCCCCUGAGUUUUUCCCGGAGUGGCCCUGUGUGCCAGGCCUGCAGGAAGGCUGUUCUGAGACCUGAGUAUUCUGAUAAGGCCCUGUACACUCAGCUCUGCUUUUACCGAUACAUUUUUGAUGUGGACUACGCAAUAGAUAAAGUGAUUCCUGAAGAUCGUAAAGAGUAUGUGAAGAAGUCACUCAGGAAUGAAGUCUCUGAGGCCUACAAAAGACUGAAGAGCACCGUAGACAAAUGUCUGUCCAUGAGUGGCUACUCAGAAGUGAACCUCGGCAAACUCUUUACCUUCAGUAUAGGAAGAUCGGUGGGAGAGUCCAAUAAUGAAAGACA